AUGGGACGCAACGUUGCCAAAAAGAAGGCCGCCGCUGCCCCGGCAGCCAAGAAGAAGCCGACCACAUCCGGCCCCACCAAGAAAAUCGCCAAAAAAUCAACUUCUACAAAAUCUCAAAAUCAGAAGAUUAAAUCGACGAAACAACAAACUGCCAACUCCUCUGCUUCAUCUCCUGCAGAGCCGUCGGCCAAGCUGGCCGCGCGUCGGGCCAAGGUGCUGAGCUACGAGGCCCAGCUCGCGCCCGGCCAGGGUCCCAAGCCCGUCAAGGGCGUGCAGAAGGGCGCCGUGCCGACCAAGUCCGAGGGCGAGCUCAAGCGGGUCGAGCAGCUGGCCGCGCACCUCCGCACGCUGCAGGAGGACGAGGAGGCCCGCGAGCGGCUCCGGCGCCAGGAGGAGGAGGCGGCCCUGCGGCUGGCCCUCACCUCCGUCAGCCACCGACGCGGCGCCGACAAGACCGCCUUUGACGUGUGGGACGCCCACCCGGAGAAGAUGGCGAAGCAGAUGCUGCUCGAGCGCAGGCAGGUGGAGGAGGAGUGGGUCGACCUCACCAUCCCCAAGCCCGUCAAGCCGCCGAAGGGCCUGUUGGAGAGGCAGCACCCGACCAACGUGCCGGCGGUGGAGGUGGCGGCGCCCGGUAACUCGUACCGGCCGACCUACGACGACCACCAGGACGUGCUGGGCGAGGUCCUGGCCAAGCGCCUCAAGCGCAAGGAGGAGAAGCGCAAGCUCAACCGCACCGUGCGCCCCAUCCAACAGGGACUCAAGCGCAAGCGCAACAGCAAUCACGAGUACACUGCGGGGCUGGAAGAUAUUUUGGGCAUCAAGAAGCCCGAGGCCGACGACAACGACGACGACGCGGUGUCGAUGGCGCGCCGGCGGCCCAUCGCCAGCAGCCGGUGGUCCAUCAAGACCUCCAAGACCGAGCGCAAUAAGCUCAAGAAGCGGGAGAACCGGCGCAAGACCAAGAAGUACAAGAAGCUGCUCAAGAAGCGCCGGGCCGAGCUCGAGGCGAUUCCGGCGAUCGCCGAGGAGAUUGCCGAGGAGGAGACCGAGCAGGCGGCCUACCUGGAGCGCAAGCGCGCGGAGAAGGCCGACCAGGAGGGGAAGACCCGGCAGCUGAGCCGCCACGCGUUUGCGCGCCAGCCGACGCCGUACCUCCUGUCCGACGAGCUCCCGCAGACGCUGCGCCAGAUGGCGCCCCUGGCCGACUACAACCCGCUCAAGGAGCGCUUCAUCUCCCUCCAGAAGCGGAACCUCAUCGAGGCCCGCGUUCGCGUUGGUGCCAACCGACGGUACCGUGUCAAGACGUACGUGCCCAAGUCGGCCAAGCGGGACUGGGCGCUCAUCCAGUCCACCUCCUCCACGGCCAAGUCCUCCGAAUGA